GUCCGGAUCUUUUUACGAUGCGAGCAUGUCUGGGCCCCUGUGCCCGCCCUCGGCUGGGGAGGCGCGGGCGGCGCCUUUGCUCCGAGCCCCGCGCGCUGCUCCCCGGCAGGACGGGCGCGGCGGGCGCCGCUGCGAGAGGCCGACCGGGUCGCGUGGCUUCGCCCUGACGCGGCGGCAGCCAUUCGGGCGGACGCGGCCCAGCCUCGCCCCGCGCGCCCUGGUGCACGCCAGCGCCGCUGCGGACCGUGCUGCCCGGGCGAGGCCCCCCGAGGUGCUCGGCUGGCCCUCCCCGCGGCGCGCCGCACACGCCGGCGUGGCCGCCGCGCUCCUCGCCCGCGGGCGCCGCGCGCGGCGGAGGCGGAGCGGCGCAGGCGGAGCGACCGCGAGACGCCAGCGAGCGAUCGGGCGCCCAGGGCCGGCGUGGGGUGCGGAGGAGGUCGCGGGCUGGGAGGACCUGGGCCUCUUCCAGGACUCCUCCGACCCGCGCCGCGGCACGGUGGCGCUGAAGCUGGAGCCCGGCACCGGCCGGGUACGCAUGCUGCACAGCGAGUACGGCCCGGUGCCGCUGGAAGGACGCCACGAGCUCCAGGGCGCGAGUCUGAGUGCCGUCGUGGAUUUCGGCGCGCUCGUCGCCGCUGCGCGUUGGAGCGAGGAGGGGCUGCAGUUUGAUGACGGCAGAUUCGCGGCCAGAGUCGUGGGAUCGGUCGUCCACGCAUCCGCCUCAGAGACAGCCACACCAGCAAGCGCCCAGAUGGGCUCUGGAGACGCGAGAGCGUACAGCAACGCCGUGUCGGUGCUGGAGCAGCCUUGCUUCUCGGAGGAGCAGUGCAAGGCCGUCAUACUCAGCCGGAAGCUGCUGAAGGGCAAGCUCGGCCACACUGGUGUGACAUUUGACACAACAUCUGCCGAGGAUUGGCGCGUUCCCGAAGACUGGCGUGGUAUCUCCCGCCGUCGUGACUUGAAGGUCAGGAGCUGGCAGCAGCACCUGGGCAGCUGGGGCGCCUUUGACGAGAAGGCGGCGUACGAGAGCUGGCGGGAUGAUGAGCCAGCAGGACAGGUACCGAGCGUCUCGGCGCUCCGUGCACAUGGCUACUUCCUCAAGUUCUUCCCUGGCUUUGCUGGCACUGGCAUGCAAAGGCGCAGGCUGCUCCAACACCUGCAGGUGCCAGCGUCCGCGCUGGCGCAGCACCUGGUGCAGUACGCCACGUUCUGGGCCCAGAACCCGAGCCGCAUCGAUGAGGUGGAAGCGAUCUUUGCCGGCAUGACGCGAGAGCGAUUCGAGGCUCAGACGCGCAACCACCCCGAGCGUUUGCUCGCGCAAAUGGCGAGGGAGCGGGCGCUCGGCAGAGUAGAGCAGCUGGACGGCACCGUGUACCAGCACCUGCGCGGCGUGGACCCUGUGGUACAGCGCUGGGGCGAUUUGGCGCUGGAGAUCCUGCGCAGCGACCGGGAGAUCGGCGGCGCUGCCGAAGUGCUCAGGAACUGCGCGGCUUGCUACAGAAGACAGGCGGCGACGGGCGAAUGCGUGCUUAUUGUUUUGAGACGGGGUGAAAAGCUUGUGGCCAUGGGGGAGUGGAGGCCAGGAUACGUCCAGACGUCAUCGGGCGAGAAGCGGUGGGAGUGGGCGCAGAUCGUGGAGACCGGCAACGCUGCAGUGCGGAGCGAGUGGAGGUCGAUGUUCCAGCUGGUCUUGCGAGAUCUCGUCGACCUGGGUGCCGACCUCAACGCGAGAGACACGGAAGGUCAAACGGCUCUUCUGUUGGCCGCUGAGCACUGCAAGGUUGAUGUCAUUCGCGUCCUUGCCGAGUUGGGUGCUGACCUCGAGGCGAGGGAUCGGGAGGGCAGGACUGCCCUUCACAGGACUGGCCGUCUCUUUGCCGCUGGAUGCGGCAGGGUCCAGGUGAUUCGUGCCCUUGCCGAAGUGGGUGCUGACCUCGAGGGGGAGAAUCAGUACGGUCAGACUGCCCUCCUGCAGGCCGCCGCUUAUGGCAGCGUGGAGCACGUGCGCGUUCUCGCCGAGCUGGGAGCCGACCUCGAGGCGAAGGGUCGUGACGGCAGGACCGCCCUCGUCGUGGCCAUGGCGCACGGUGACGAGGAGACCGUGUCAGUUCUUGCCGAGUUGGGUGCCGACCUCGAGGUGAAGGACCGCUCUGGCAGGUGGUUCGUAUCCUUGCCGAGCUGGGUGCUGACCUCGAGGCGAAAGAUCAUGACGGCAGAACUGUCUUUCAAAGGGCGGUUCUUCACAGAACUUGUCAUGCUGUUUUUGCUCCAGGUGGGUGCGGACUUCGAGGCGAGGGACCGCCUCGAGUCGGCCGCCCUCAUGGGUCCUGCACAGACCGCAAGGGAGUAG